AGUCCCUAAGGACGCGGACUGCACGGGAGGCGGGGCGGGCGGCACCGAGAAACAAAGGCUGCGGGCAGGCGGCGGGACCGGGGGACGCUGAGCGGGCCGCCGCCGCCUAGCAGCCCUCCAGCAGUCAGUGCGUCCGUUCAUCCGUGCGUUCUCCGCGGAUCGCGGCGGGUCCGGCAGCCGAGCCCAUGCAGCCGCGCAGCGAGCGCCCGGCUGGCAGGACACAAAGCCCGGAGCACGGCAGCCCCGGGCCCGGUCCGGAGGCGCCGCCGCCGCCGCCGCCGCCGCCGCAGCCGCCGGCCCCAGAGGCAGAGCGUGCACGUCCUCGGCAGGCCCGGCCCACGGCCCCAAUGGAGGGUGCAAUGCAGCUGCUGAGCCGUGAGGGCCACACUGUGUCCCACAACUCCAAACGGCACUACCACGACGCCUUCGUGGCCAUGAGCCGCAUGAGGCAGCGUGGCCUCCUGUGUGACAUCGUCCUGCACGUGGCGGCCAAGGAGAUCCGAGCGCACAAGGUGGUGCUAGCCUCCUGCAGCCCCUACUUCCACGCCAUGUUCACAAAUGAGAUGAGUGAGAGCCGCCAGACGCAUGUGACACUGCACGACAUUGACCCUCAGGCCUUGGACCAACUGGUGCAGUUUGCGUACACUGCCGAGAUCGUUGUGGGCGAAGGCAACGUGCAGACUCUGCUCCCAGCCGCCAGCCUCCUGCAGCUGAAUGGCGUCCGUGACGCCUGCUGCAAGUUCCUGCUGAGUCAGCUCGACCCCUCCAACUGUCUGGGCAUCCGGGGCUUUGCUGACACACACUCGUGCGGUGACCUGCUCAAGGCAGCACACAGGUAUGUGCUGCAGCACUUCGUGGAUGUGGCCAAGACCGAAGAGUUCAUGCUGUUGCCACUAAAGCAGGCACCUUCAGGGCUCCAUGGGCCCCCAAGACCCUCCCCAGAUCUCAGGUCUGAGGGUCCCCACCCCCAGGUGCUGGAACUGGUCUCUAGCGACAGCCUGAACGUGCCUUCAGAGGAGGAUGUCUACCGCGCCGUCCUGAGCUGGGUCAAGCAUGAUGUGGAUGCUCGGAGGCAGCAUGUCCCAAGGCUGAUGAAGUGUGUGCGCCUGCCCCUGCUGAGCCGUGACUUCCUGCUGGGCCACGUGGAUGCCGAGGGCCUGGUGAGGCACCACCCUGACUGCAAGGACCUGCUCAUUGAGGCCCUCAAGUUCCACCUGCUGCCUGAGCAGAGAGGCGUUCUGGGCACCAGCCGUACACGGCCCCGGCGCUGUGAGGGCGCUGGUCCUGUGCUUUUUGCUGUGGGUGGUGGGAGCUUGUUCGCCAUCCAUGGGGACUGUGAAGCAUACGACACACGCACUGACCGUUGGCACGUGGUGGCCUCCAUGUCCACACGCCGGGCCCGGGUGGGCGUGGCAGCAGUUGGGAACCGGCUGUAUGCCGUGGGUGGUUACGAUGGGACUUCAGACCUGGCCACCGUAGAGUCAUACGACCCUGUGACCAACACUUGGCAGCCUGAGGUGUCCAUGGGCACAAGGCGCAGUUGCCUGGGUGUGGCCGCCCUGCACGGGCUCCUAUAUGCAGCUGGUGGCUACGAUGGGGCCUCCUGCCUCAACAGUUCUUCCCACCAGCCCAGGGGCUGGGCCCCCACGGACACUUGCCCAGGAUCAUUCAGGCAGCCAGCCAGUGGCCCAUGCCCACCCAGAAGACCUGCUUGCUCCAGUGGGAUUCGGGGUGCUGAGCGCUACGAUCCUCUGACGGGAACAUGGACGUCCAUCGCUGCCAUGAGCACCCGGAGGCGAUAUGUGCGUGUGGCCAUGCUUGAUGGGAACUUGUACGCUGUGGGUGGUUACGACAGCUCAUCACACUUGGCAACGGUGGAGAAGUAUGAGCCCCAGGUUAACACGUGGACCCCCGUGGCCUCCAUGUUGAGCCGACGCAGCUCAGCGGGGGUGGCCGUGCUGGAGGGGGCCCUCUACGUGGCUGGCGGCAAUGACGGCACUAGCUGCCUCAACUCUGUGGAGAGAUACAGCCCUAAGGCGGGUGCCUGGGAGAGCGUAGCACCCAUGAACAUCCGAAGGAGCACCCACGACCUGGUGGCCAUGGACGGCUGGCUGUACGCGGUGGGAGGCAACGAUGGCAGCUCCAGCCUCAACUCCAUUGAGAAGUACAACCCCAGGACCAACAAGUGGGUGGCCGCGUCCUGCAUGUUCACGCGGCGCAGCAGCGUGGGCGCCGCGGUGCUCGAGCUGCUCAGCUUCCCGCCGCCCUCCUCCCCCACGCUGUCAGUGUCGUCCACCAGCCUCUGAGCCGCCGCGGAUCGCACAGACCCGGCCCGCGGCCUCCCACAUGCCUUAAGCCCCGAGGGGCGGCCCCAGCGCCUCGAGUGUCGGGGGCGGGGUGCUCGGCCCCCACCGGGAAAGUCCUGCCCCGUCUGUCCUGUCUCUGCGUCGAGGCUGCCCGUUUCCAUGUUCGGUCCUCAGUGUUUGUUUAUGUGGGUACCGUUUAUUUACUUCACGGUUUGUUUAUUUAUUCAUUAUUUAUUGAUCGAGGAGCAGUGCAGCACCUACCAGUUUACACGUUUCCCCUCGAAGUGUCCUGUGUCUCUGGGACCAAGCUGCCUUCUCCCGUGUCCUCCCACCCCACUGGCGGCACCAGGGGGAGAUGCAUCAGGGGUGAACUCAAACUCUGCAGACCUGAACGGACUGAGGGGCAGAUGCAGAGCAACAGGCCAGGGUUAGUGGGGUGGGGGCUUUCUGAGCAGGUGCAGACCCUUCCAGCCUGGGCUUUGCACACCACCCCUACCUUGCCCAGCCAGGCACACUCCCAAGGAAGGCGUGAAGCAAGCGGGCUUCCUUCUCGUGGGCAUGGUGUCUUUUCUGGAUCCUGCACUGAGCUGAGCACAAGCGUGCCAUAGACCCCACACAGCAAUAUGAGCCAACUUGAACAAUAAACAUGUUUCCUGGGCUCUG